CACCGACAAACCAACCUAAACCGAACCAAGUUUCCGUUUAAUGUCCACGGCCUCAUCAUCUUCUCCGAUCAACUCUGCUGCUUUAGAAAAAAAGAAUCUUUCUAAACAAAGACAUUUACUUUUUUCUGAUAACAAAAUCAUGGAAGGAGGAUCUACCACUUCCGGAGAAGUUAAACCGGAGAUCCAAUCUUCAAUUACGCCAAAUCAGAUCUUUAUUCUCUCCGGGCAAAGCAAUAUGGCUGGACGCGGCGGCGUGGUCAAAGACCACCACCACAACCGCUGGGUAUGGGAUAAAUCCGUCCCACCGGAAUGUGCACCUAACUCAUCAAUCCUCCGGCUGAGCGCAGAUCUCCGGUGGGAAGAAACGCACGAGCCACUCCACGUUGACAUCGACACGGCUAAAGUGUGCGGAGUAGGUCCAGGGAUGGCGUUUGCGAACGCGGUGAGGAAGCGGUUGGAGACAGAUUCGGCAGUGAUCGGAUUGGUUCCGUGCGCUUCAGGUGGAACGGCGAUAAAAGAGUGGGCGCGUGGGAGUCACUUGUACGAGAGGAUGGUUAAGAGGACGGAGGAGAGCAUGAAAUGCGGCGGAGAGAUCAAGGCGGUGCUUUGGUAUCAAGGUGAGAGUGACGUGUCGAACAUAGAUGACGCUGAGAGCUACGGGAGCAAUAUGGACCGUUUGAUUAAGAACCUUCGUCAUGAUCUCAACCUCCCUUCUCUUCCCAUUAUUCAGGUAGCAAUAGCAUCGGGAGGAGGAUACAUAGAUAAGGUGAGAGAAGCACAGUUGGGUCUGAAACUCUCGAACGUGGUCUGUAUAGAUGCCAAGGGAUUGGCGCUAAAACCCGACAAUCUUCACUUAACCACCGAGGCUCAAGUCCAGCUUGGUCUCUCCCUAGCACAAGCUUACCUUUCCAACUUCUGCUAGAUAAUCAAGUUAUCUAGGCAGGAGAUCGGGAACUAGCUCGGUGAGAAAUAGCUGGUCUUUUCCAGUGCUCUAGCAGAAUUGAGAUAAAUAACUUUUUCUGUUAAUGUUUGUCUACUACUACGUCUUCCAGAAGGCGAUAUGCCGUAUAUAGUGUGAUAUUACCGAUUUCACGUAAGUUUGUUAUCUAUAUAAAAGCACGCAUUAUUGUUUGUCACAUUAUCUACAUUCUACAUUAUUGACACAGGUUGGUAAAAUU